CGGCGCGGGUUCCCGCCGGCCACGCCCCUUUCCCCGCGCGCGCGCUCCCCGCGCGGCCCCGCCCACCCCAGCUCACCCCUCCCUUCCCGCCAUCCCCCACGGCGGGGGGAAAAGAUGGCGGCCGCCAUGGCGGCGGGGCUGGGCCGCAAAGCGCCGCGGCUCUGCUGGAAGGCUGCCGAGUCGCUGCUCCGUCCCGGCGCGGUGCUGUCCGGUGUGGUUGUGCCGGUGAGGGGCAGGAGGAAGCGUCCGCCGGUGCCCGAAUGGGCCCGGGAGCUGAGCCCUGAGGAGAGGGAGCGGCGGCUCAAAUCCUCGGCUCCCGUCUUCCCGGACGAGCGCAUAGAGCGCACAUUCUUCUUGGCUUGCACGGCUGAAAUCAUGGAUCCCUACGUCCCUCCCGAGGGCGAUGCCCGCCUGACCUCGCUGUCCAAGGACGGGGUGAAGCAGCAGAUGCAGAAGCUGAGGCAAACUGCGGCGUCCCAGCUGGCCCUGCGGAAGAUCAAGGAUCAUGACCCGGAUUUCAGCACCAAAACCUUCCCUGAGAAAGCCCAGGAGAUAUUUAUUGAGGCCCACAACUCCCUGGCAAACUUUAACAAGCAGAAGCUUCACGCCCUGGUGACCGAGCGCUGCUACCCCGACAUGGUGCGUGGCAACAGGUACAAAACCAUCCGCUGGAGGUUCGUGGAGUCCCUGGAGCCCCCCAGGGUGGUGCACGUGCGCUGUGAGGGCGUCAUGAACCGGGGCAACCUCUACGGGCAGGUGACAGUGAGGAUGCACAGCCGCCAGAUUUUGGCCAUCUAUGACCGCUUUGGGCGGCUCAUGUACGGUGGGGAGGAGAUUCCCAAGGAUGUUCUGGAAUAUGUUGUGUUUGAGAGGUACCUGGUGAACCCCUAUGGAACAUGGAGGAUGCAUGGGAAGAUUGUCCCAGAGUGGGCUCCACCCAAGGAUCCCAUCAUAAAGACUGUGAUGAUUCCUGGCCCAGCCCCGGAUCCCUCAGAGGAGCAUGAAAAAGUGAAGUAGAAAGUUCUGGAACGUGGACAGGGACAGCAAAGAGGCUGGGAGGGAGGAUUGGGAUCGUGUUGGAUGUGGCUGUGCCUUCCCUGGGAGCAAAUUUGGGAAUGGGCUGCAGCCACUCUGAAUUUCAAGGAGCCAGAGGGGUUGGGAGGGGGAUCUGGAGGAGCUCUGGAAGAGCUUGGCUCUGCUGCAGCCUCACCCUCACUGGGUUUCCUGGAGGAUGAGGAAACUCAGGAGCAUCCAUGGGCCACCCUCUGUCCUGGAAUUCCAUGGGAGAGCCCUUGGAAUAUUUGUCACCUCCAUGGGAGGGGUCACAGACCUGCUGGUCAGUCAUUAAAACUUCACCCAGUGACUUUUA